AUGCAGCUGGGAAGCCAAGUGUUGUGGAGUAGUGGUGAGAUGUUUGCAGUAUGGAUCACUACUCUUUUUCUUCUCAGAGCAGCCAGAGGAAUAGAAGUUUGCUAUGACAGGCUUGGAUGUUUCACAGAUGACGCCCCUUGGUCUGGGAUCCCAGGGAGACAGCUGGCAGGCUUGCCCAGCUCUCCAAAAGAUGUGAACACCAAUUUCCUUCUUUACACUAGAGACAACAUCAUGAAACACCAAAAAAUUUCUGCCAUAAUCCCGUCAACUAUUAAAGCCUCAAAUUUCCGACCACACAGGAAAACUCGCUUCAUUAUACAUGGCCACCUUGUUGGAGCAGAUCUCUCCUGGAUAACAAAUAUAUGCAGGUUCAUGUUUCACACAGAAGAUGUGAACUGCAUUUUGACCGACUGGCGAGGCGGCUCCAGUGGUUUGUACACCGACGCGGUGAACAACGUCCGCAUCGUGGGGGCUGAGCUGGUGUACCUGGUGAACCUUCUUGAGAAGGACUAUGGCUACUCUCCUGCUGACAUUCACUUCAUCGGCCAUAGUCUUGGAGCACACGCCGCAGGGGAGGCAGGGAGAAGGAAACCUGGCAUUGGAAGAAUAACAGGUUUGGAUCCAGCUGGGCCCCUUUUCCAGUACACUCCCACAAUGGUUAGACUGGAUCCUUCAGAUGCAAAAUUUGUUGAUAUAAUUCAUACUCAUGCUGGUCAUCUUUUCUUUGACUUUGCUCCAGGGAUUCUUCAAACUUGUGGCCACCUGGAUUUUUACCCGAAUGGUGGGAAGAAGAUGCCAGGAUGCAAGCAGCUUCGUGUACCUCCUGCAACUCGGAAUAUCAAUGACCUUAUGAGAGCAUACAGAUCUGUUGGAUGUGGACAUAAAAGAAGUCUCCGGUAUUAUGCUGAGAGUAUUAUCAGUCCACAGGGGUUUGUUGGGUAUCGGUGUGAAACAUACCGAGCUUUUGUACUGGGACACUGCUUCCCAUGUCCAAAGGAAGGAUGCCCACUGAUGGGUCAUUAUGCGGAUACGUUUUUACAUAAAACUGAAAAAGAAGAGCAAAAGGUUUAUUUAAACACAGGGCCCUCCCCUCCAUAUGCUCGCUGGCGAAAAGAGAUACAUGUCAGAAUAUCUGGAACAGAAACCAUGAAGGCAAAUAUAGACGUAGCCUUGACUGGAACUAACGGGAUCAGGAAAAAAUAUACAAUUGACAAGGGAACUUUCAAACCAGGCAACACAUACAUGAACUACAUUGAUACAGAAAUUUCUGGGAACAUUUCAAAAGUUGAGUUCCUCUGGAAAAAGCAUCUAGGUCAUGUAGAUAGAGGCUGUAUGGGAGCUGAAGAAGUCACAAUAACAUCUGGGGAAAAUGGGAAUGUGUGA